UUUACCGACCUGAGAGUCACCCGCAAGGGGCCAGAGCUUCACGCUCCACCGGGUGGUCAUCUGCGCACACUCCUAGUUCCUCGACACUGCAUGUUCCGGCAGCUUCAAAGCUAUCGUCUUGCAACGCGCAUCAUCGGAGCUAGCAAGGAGUCAAUAUGUCGCACGAUCGACCUUCCAGAUGAUGAUCCUGUGCUGGACAUGAGGUUCAUCGAUCAUGCCUAUACCGGAGCAUAUGGCCCUUGA